AUCUUUCACCGCGGACUCCGCCAGCGUCAGCGAAUGAGCUCCUGUAAAGAUAACCUAACCUUAUCUGGUUUUGGAAUACUAAAAAUUGCUUAGGACAUACAGUAGCUAUAUUAUUCUAUAUUGGACAAAAUUAAACUUUGAGUUCAAGAUACGCUAGCAAGCUUGUUACAAAAUGAGUGGUUUUAUACUUGGCUCACUUGGCUCUGAUAGAAAACGCUUCCUAUUUUCUUAAACGGAUUGGGAGACAGUCGUCUACAUGGAUCGGGAGUAUAGCGGCGUAGAAAUGUUUAUAACGUAAUACGUAGAAGUGCGUAAAUUAGUUCUAUUUCUUAGUGUUCAGCGUCGCGCUGGGAGUUCACAAAUGAUACCGUAGAAUAAUCUUCUGAGCUAGAACUGCUGACUGUGCAAAAGACACGCAUUCAAAGCAGUACACUUGUGCCCGGAGAUGCUUAGCUCAGCAUCAGCGACCACGUCUCCAACGUGUUCGCCUCCGCUUGCCGGUGUCCGCUCUGCCGAGUGCGCACCUGCAGAGCAAGCCGAGCAGUGCCGUGAGACCGCGCAGGGCUGGUACACCGGUGAGACAGUGGCCGGUAAGAAACACGGGACAGGUGUACAGCACUGGCCCGAUGGCUCCCGCUACCAGGGGCAAUUUGUCAGCAACCUGAAGCAUGGCUCAGGGGUUUUCACUUGGGCCAAUGGAGAGGUUUACAGCGGGGAGUUCUGUAAAGAUUAUCGCCAUGGUGAUGGGACAUAUUCCUGGCCUGGGGGCUCCAGAUUCAUUGGAAAGUUCUACUUGAAUCGGAAAGAGGGCUAUGGAGCCCUUCACCUUCCAGAUGGCACUACCUUUCAGGGACUGUACCAUGCAGACGAGCGUUUUGGGCCAGGUGUAGCGACAUACCCUGAUGGGCAGCAGGAUGUGGGCCUGUGGCACAGGGAUCAUCUGCUGCAACUGUGCACUCAUCUGCCUGGAGCUUUCACUCUCCGUGGCUUCCCUGAAUACUGUGAAUGUCUGGGGCCCAGGGAGGAGAUGGCGCAGGGGGCAAGGGUAGGAAAUAAGAGAAAUGCAGAGAGGCAGAAAGCAGCUGAGCCCUUCUACUAUGACUAUAGGAAACUCCUUGAGGAUGAGCACUUUAUACUACCACCUGAAAUUGAGAACUACUCAACGGACUCUGACCAUCUGCCCCUUCCCCAGUCCUUGAGGAAGGAGCUGGAUAAGCACUUUUUUAAAGUGCAGGAUUACAAUUUAGAAGAAAGGUCAGCUGUCUCUAACUCUCUGCCCCUUCUUCAUCGCAUGCAAUGGCACAUCCAAAGACACAGGCACGGCGCUGAAGGGCUUGACUGGAAUAUAGAGGCAUUGCUGUCAGGUAGGCGGGACGGAUUUGGACCCAAAGGCCCACAGGAGCUGAACUCAGAGCGGCUGAUCCAGGAAGCCUCAGAGGGGAACACCCAGAAUGUGUAUAGGAUCCUGCAAGACGGGCUGGCACAUGUGGAUGUCGGUGAUGCCAGUGGCCACACUGCUCUGAUUGCAGCAGCUGUGAAUUGCCACAAUGAAGUGAUAAACCUCCUGCUGGACAGAGGAGCUGAUGUAAAUAAAUUGAACAGUGAGGGGCUGUCCGCACUGGCAGUGUCCCACAUGCUGUACUAUCCCUCACAAACAUUUCAGCUCAAUGUGGCUGAAGGGAUGGAUUGCAAACCACAGGAGGAGGAAUGUGCUAUGAACUGUGAAGAGACUACUGUAGAAGUCGCUGCUCAUGAAGAGGCUGACCAUGCCACCGAUUCUGAAACAAACAUGGUGCCUACAGCACGAACUAUACAGGUGCAAGAUGGCCGAAUUAAGCUGGGGUCUGUCUCUUGGCCUGAGUCCCAUCCUGCAGCCUCUGGGGAAGGGCCAGAGCGAGACGAUGAUGUGAAGGGAUGCCAAGACACUGUCUUUGACUCAGCCUGCAGUCUGGCCAGCUUUGACAUUGAUGUGACAGAAGACGCCCUGCAGCAGACAGCCGAGGCCCUGAGCCGCAACAGUCUGGUACAGUCCAGUGGCACUGAGGAGACUGCCAGGAGAAUGGCCCUCAUGAAAACCGAACACAGGAGCCGGUGGGCGACGAUCAAGCUGUUGUUAUGUAGGGGGGCUGAUCCCAAUGCCUCCAUUGUACCCAUGCCUGUCCUCUUCCUGGCCAUUAAGGCUGGACACACUCAGGCUGUGCGUCGCCUUCUGGAGUGUGGAGCCAGGACAGACAUACCUUUGCCAGAGAAGAGAAAGGGCCUGUAUCCUCUGCACAUUGCUGCUGCCCUGCCAGGAAAAGAAGGGAUUAGGAUCACAGAGCUGUUGCUGCAUGCAGUAUCUGACCCAGAUGUACGAGCUCAGGAUGCAGAUGAUGUCUAUGAGCUUGAUAAGGGUUUGAAUUCUGAUUCCCCACCUGGCUUCAGUAUGAAAACCUCCAGCCCAAUCGGACCCCCCAUCCAGUACUACUCUCCCCCUAGUGAGCUUCCUCAGGAAGGGGGCAGGACCCCUCUGCACAUUGCCUGUCAGCGAGACACCAAUCACACUAAUGCCAAGGAUGUGGUUCGCCUGUUAUUAUCCCACAAGGCCAACCCCAAUUUGCUGUGGAGUGGCCACUCUCCACUGUCUUUGGCUAUAGCUAGUGGCAAUGACUAUGCCGUGGAUGAGCUGCUGGCCGGGGGAGCAGACCCCAAUCUCCCCCUAACGCGCCGAGUGGGCAGUGUUCUCUGUGCCACAGUCAACAUCUCCUACGAUUCUUGUCACAACGCACGCCAGAAAGCAGCACUGAUAGAAAAACUAAUUAACGCUGGUGCCAACAUACUGAUGCCUGUCAUGAUUGGAGAAGGAAAAAAGACAGCAAUGGGCACUGCAGUAGAUUAUGCCUACUAUACCUUCUACCAGGACUGGCGAAUCGCCCACAUUCCGUAUCAUGCUCUCACCUCCAAAGAAAGAGAGGUGUACAACGCUCGCAGGCAGCUGCUUUUCCUGAUGGGGGACCUGCUGCGGCAGGCCGUUGUGAAGAAAGACCGGGAGAGGCUGGAGAUGGAGCUGCAGCAGGGAAUAAGGAGCUGCAGCCCGAGGGAAAAGUUUGUGUACACGGGGGCAGGUGCCACCCCACCACAGCCCAAGACCACCAAAGUAGCCAUCACAGAGGAAGAAGACAACAAAGACGUGACCUCCUUACUGGAGCACAGAAGGGCAACUGAGAGUAAACAUGUUCCGGAGACUGAGAAGAAGAUCAGGAGACCCCUGUUCAGGUACUGCUACCAGUGCGGGCGCACAGUGGGAGUGGUGUUGCUGCCAUGCAGCCGAUGUCAUGAGGUUUUCUACUGCAGCAAGACCUGUAAAAUGAAAGCCUGGAAUGAGAGACACAAGGAGGAGUGCAUCCGUGUCACAGAGCUGCUUAUGAUAUCUGAUCUACUUGUCUUUGAGAAAAGUCCUGGACAAGAUUGGAGCAUGAAGUGGCAUCCCAUGUGAAUACCGGGAGAAAGUACAAGCUCACUGCAGAAACCCCAAGGUGGAAAUGAACUAGGUCUUUGGAGCUAGUGUACUAAUCACCACUCCACCAUGCCAUGCAGUACUGUACUGUAUGUGAUCGCUUAAUUAAAAUGGGGUAACUGCUGCUCCCCAGCAGUUAGUCCCUUCAUUUAGACUUGAAAUUUCAAAUGUGUUUCAUAAAAAGGUUUUGAUCAGCAUCAGUGACUGAUAUCACUUAUUGUACAAUAUGGGUUUAAGAACAAAGCUUUAGGCACUUGGAAAACUUCAAAUACUGUAUCUGUAUGAAGUGUUCUACAGUAAAACAUGAUUUAGACGAGCCUCUACUUUAAGGAAAGUGCAUUAUAACCUAAAGACAAAUCCACCUUUAUACAGUGCCUGCAAAGUUUUGUGGUCACUAAAGUAUAAUGAACUAGUGAUUAUGUGACUUUCAAGGUUAUCUGAAUCCCAUUUAGAGACUUGAGCAGACAUAUGCCAAUUAGAUGUACCUGUUUGUGCUUAUAAUUUUGUCAUCUUUGAAAGUCAAUAAAAAAAGAAUAAUGGUGUAAUUGAAAAUGUUAAUAACCUUGAACAUUCAAAUUGCUUGAACUGAUUGGCCCAUUAAAUUGACAACUGCACAGGCAGUGCAGAUGAAAAGAUGUUAUUGUGGAUAAUUUGUUAGUUUUUUUUCAGGAUGCCCCAAAGAACACAAAUAACUUACCAGAUGCUCUGCAAUUAAUUUCUAAAUACUGAGAGGAAGUGAUGCAUUUCAUAACAAUAUACACUACAAACCACACGUCAACUGAAAAAUCUUUCAAUAUUUUAUUUUGAGGUUGUCACGUUUAGUACAAUAUCAGAGAGUUGAAAAAGUACCCUUAUUUUUUUCAUCUGUAAUAAAAUUAAACCUGAAAUGGUUAAACACUGUUAACAGGUGAGAUCUCUUCUUCUUUUUUGUUGAUAGAUCAGGUAGAUACUAUCAUACGUCAUCUCAUUUAAACGAUGAUACCAGUGCUUUUCUGUGGUCAGUUGUCCCAACAUCUGGACAUACUGUGUGUAUAUAUACUGUACAUAACCGCCUUUUACACUAAAUAGGUGUCUUCAAUAUGUAAACAGGUAGGUAGCCUUUAGGAUAAUUUUGGCAUUUACAGACAUGAACAGCUGUAUCCUUUUUUUUCAGCUGUGAAGAAAUACACUUGCAGAUUUAGGAGCUUACUCUUUUUCUGUGCUUGGGUUCUUGACAAAAAAAAAACGUUUAUGUCUCGGAAGAAACACUCGUAUCAUUGUACUCAUUACCACAGCAAUUCAGUCAUUGUGUCACUUGGAGAAAGGAUGUUUUUGCUAUACAGUGAAAGUAGUGGAGAGGAAUCAUCAUCAACUGUACAGUAUACAAACGUUCGAGUUUUUAAUGCAAACAUUUUGGAAGUUUGCAAAAAUGAAACUUUGUUUUUCCUCGCAUCCAACAAGCACUUUAGGGCUCACAUUUUUUAAACCUGAAGAUAUUCCUUUUGCUGAAUAAUAACAUACACUGUAGGAUGUCAACUGAUGAUAUUUGUGAUAUUUAAUCAAUGCUUGUAAAAACAUGUGUUGUGAUGCUUCUCAUUUAACAUGUUUAAGGGAGUUUACAAUCUGUUAAUUGGUAAAAGAAGUAGCAAGCGCCAGACCCUUACUUUCAAGCACAGAGUCGAAAUGGUUUCUUUUGCCAUGCACAGUUUUUCUGUCUUAGCUGUACUGCAUUUCUCAAAGGUGUGCUGGACCCUUGGAACACAUUCUGCAUUCUUACAUAUUCCCUGAGCUGAGUCACCUGUCUAAGAAAGAUUUAUUGGCCAGGCAACUUACAGAUAUUAAGA